UUUCUGUCCGUACUUCAUCUCCACUCUCCUCAUGGUGUCUUUAUAUCGACACAGACCCACAGGAAAAAGAAGAAGAACAGUCCAUCAUUCAGAGACCUGCUGGAUUUCACAGACCAGGACCACUACCAGAGCAGAAUGGACCAGAACCAGAACCCAGAGCACCACGCCGACAACCCCGUUAAAAGAGAGGAAUCAGACUCACCCUCUGCUACCACCGAUACACAGGGGAUAGAUGACUCUGUUUCAUACUCCAACUGCACAGUAGAUGGUAGUAAUUCAACUCCAUGCAGGUUGACAAUCAACAUAAAACAGGAAGAAGAAGAAGAACAGUCCGUCAACCCAGAGCACCACACCAACAACCCAGUUAUUAAAAGAGAAGAAUCAGACUCAACCUCUGCUACCACCGAUACACAGAAACAAACAGGAAGAAAAGGCCUCAAACGUCACCGUGGUCAGCGCUGUGACAAAGCCUUCACCACAUCAAAACAUUUAAUGAUUCGUGGAGCUCAAACACCAGACAAACUUAAAAGCUGUGAGGAAUGUGGCAAAGUGUUCACUACCGCCUGUUAUCUAAAAAUCCAUCAACAGAUUCACAGAGGAGAGAAACCGUACAGCUGUGAGCAUUGCGGGAAAAGUUUCACUCAGGUAGGUAAUCUAAAAAGCCACCAGCUCAUUCAUACUGGAGAGAAACCGUACAGCUGUGAGCAUUGCGGGAAAAGUUUCACUCAGGUAGGUAAUCUAAAAAGCCACCAGCUCAUUCAUACCGGAGAGAAACCGUACAGCUGUGAUGACUGUGGGAAAGCGUUCACAGCAAAGGGUGAUUUAAAAAAACACAGGGUCAUUCACACUGAAGAGAAACCGUACAGUUGUGAGCAGUGUGGGAAAACUUUCAAUUCAAGCAGUAGCUUAGCAAAACACCUACGCAUUCACGCUGUAGAAAGGACAUACAGAUGUGACCAAUGUGGGAAAGCUUUUAAUCAAGAGAGUCAUUUAAAAAGCCACAAACAGAUUCAUACUGGAGAGAAACCGUAUGACUGUGUCCAGUGUGGGAAGUCUUUCAGGACAUACACUCAUCUAGUUAGGCACCAACGUAUUCACACUGGUGAGAAACCAUACAGCUGUGACCAGUGUGGAAAAGCGUUCAAUGACAAUGGAACACUUAAAUGUCACAGACGCCUUCAUACAGGAGAGAAACCGUACAUUUGUAGUCAAUGUGGGAAAGCUUUUGCAUGGAGCGACAAUCUGAAAAUGCACCAACGCAUUCACACAGGAGAGAAGCCGUACAGCUGUGACCAGUGUGAGAAAGCGUUCAUUAAAGACAGCCAUCUAAAAAUCCAUCAACGUAUUCAUACCGGGGAGAAACCCUACAGCUGUGACCAGUGUGGGAAAGCUUUCACUCUACUUGGUAAUCUGCAAAUCCACCAACGUAUUCACAACGGAGACAAACCGUACAGCUGUAACCAAUGUGGGAAAGCUUUCACUACAAACAGCGCUUUACAAAUCCACCAUCGCAUACACACUGGAGAGAAACCGUACAGUUGUGAUCUUUGUGGGAAAACAUUCACAGUAGACAGUGGUCUGAAAAAACACCAGCGCGUUCACACUGGAGAGAAACUCUACAGCUGUGACCAGUGUGGGAAAACUUUCACUGCAGACAGCAGUUUAAAAACCCACCAACGUAUUCACACUGGAGAAAAACCAUACCAGUGUGAACAGUGUGGGAAAACGUUUGCUCAUGGGAAUUCUCUAAUAAUCCACCAGCGAAGUCACACUGGAGAGAAACCAUACAACUGUGACCAGUGUGGGAAAUCUUUCAGUAGAGACAGUUAUCGAAAGAGUCACCAACGCAUUCAUACGGGAGAGAAACCGUACAGCUGUGACCAGUGUGGGGAAGCUUUUGCCCACAAGAAUUCCCUUAAAUUCCACCAAGGAAUUCACAGCGGAGAGAAACCGUACAGCUGUAAACAAUGUGGGAAAACGUUCACUCGUAAAAGCAAUCUUAAAAGUCACCUACGUGUUCACACUGGAGAGAAACCGUACUGGUGUAAGCUUUGUAGAAAAACUUUUGCUCAUGGAAGCUCCCUAAAAGUCCACCAACGUAGUCACUCAGUCACAUCGUGUUAAACAUGUUGUCGUGGCCUCGUCUACAUGCCUUAAUAACAGUGUUGUUCUAUGCUGCGCCUUUCUACAAACAGAAAGCUAUGAACAGUAACUUAAUCAUUUAUUUAUUGUUUUUCAUUUUUCAGUUUCAUGUUGAUCUUGGCUGUAGAAAUGUUUAAACUGAAUCAUGUAACAUUGUGAAUAGUCUUAAAUAGCUCCUCCCACCUCACUACUCUAUAGUGCUGAUUUAGCUGCCAGCAAGCAUUUGGUAAUUUAGCUCAUUUUCAUUGACUGUCAAUAAAAUGUGUUCAACUUUAUCUGUUGCUGAAGGCC